GCUGCUGUUGGUGAGUAAAGAAAAGGUUCACCCCGAGCAGCAGGAUUGGAGCCCCAGUCUGGACCAGGAGGACCCACCAGAGACACCACACAUUAAAGAGGAGUGGAGCCCCAGUCUGGACCAGGAGGACCCACCAGAGACACCACACAUUAAAGAGGAACAGGAGGAACUCUGGACCUGUCAGGAGGGAGAGCUGGAGGAGGCUGAUCUCACCAAGUUCACAUUCACUCCUGUCCCUGUGAAGAGUGAAGAAGACGAUGAAGAGAAACCUCAGUCCUCACAGCUUCAUCAAAGACUAACUGAACAGAUGAAAACAGAAGCUGAUGGAGAGGACUGUGGAGGACCAGAACCAGCCAGAAACUCAGAUCCAGAUAGACAUUUACAACCAGAUACUGAUGAAAAGACGUCAGACUCCUCUGAACCUGAGACUGAUGACAGUUGUGAUUGGGAGGAGACCAGGGAACCUCAGUCAGUUUCAAAUCCUCUGCAAAAUAACAGUGGAUGUAUCACUGAUGAGAAACAGUGUUGCUGCCCUGAGUGUGGUAAACUCUUCAGCCAAAACUCAAAUCUGAAGCGACACAUGAGAAUUCACACAGGUGAGAAGCCCUUCAGUUGCUCAGUUUGCAGUAAAAGAUUUAUGCAAAAGGUUUAUCUGACACACCAUAUGACACUCCACACUGGGAAGAAACGAUACAGCUGCAGUGUUUGUGACCGAGGAUUCACUUGGCCUUAUCAGCUUAAAAACCAUCAGUGUGUUGGUCGUCAGUCCUCACAGCUUCAUCAAAGAAUAACUGAAGAGAAAACAGAUGGAGAGCAUUUUAAAACAGACGGUUAUGUAGAGGACUGUGGAGGACCAGGACCAGCCAGGGACUCAGAUCCAGAUAGACAUUUACAACCAGAUACUGAUGAAAAGAGUUCACACCCCUCUGAACCUGAGACUGAUGACAAUUGUGAUUGGCAGGAGACCCGGGAACCUCAGUCAGGUUCAAACCCUCUGAAAAAUAACAGAUAUAAUACUGAUGAGAAAUUAUUCAGCUGCUCUGAGUGUGGUAAACGAUUCAGCCAAAACGCAUAUCUGAAGAGACACGUGAGAAUCCACACAGGGGAGAAGGCCUUCAGUUGUUCAAUUUGCAGUAAAAAAUUUUUGCAAAAGGUUUAUCUGACACACCACAUGGCGCGACACACGGCGCAGAAACGAUACAGCUGCAGUGUUUGUGGCAGAGGAUUCACUUGGCUUUAUCAGCUCAAAAACCAUCGGUGUGGUGGUCCUCAGUCCUCACAGCUUCAUCAAAGUCUAACUGAACAGAUGCAAACAGAACCUGAGACUGAUGUCAGUUGUCAUGGGGAGGAAACCAGGAAACCUCAGUCAGGUUCAGACCCUCUGAAAAACAAUGAAGUCCCUGUAAGUGUUCAGGAAUGUAAUUAUGGGAAAACAUCAAGUAGCUCCUUUGCAUGUUCUACAAGCUUGAGCCACAGGGAACAUCUGCAAGAAGACAAUGGAAUACAAACGGGAGAGAAGCCCUUCAGUUGUUCAGUUUGUGGUAAAAGAUACCUCUGGAAGAGCUCCUUAACGACUCAUAUGAGAAUUCAUUCAAAAGGAAAACAUUUCAGCUGCUCAGUUUGUAGAAAAAACUUUCAAGGGAGAGUAGAAGUUGUAAAUCAUAUGAGAAUCCACACAGGGCAGAAACCCUUCAGUUGCUCAAUUUGUAAAAAAACGUUUCCAUGGAGAGGCCGUGUUUUGAUGCACAUGAGAAUCCACACAGGGGAGAAACCCUUCAGUUGUUCUAUCUGUGGUUUAAGGGUCAACCAGAGCUCAACUUUGACCACACACUUAAGAGUUCAUACAGGAGAAAAACCUUUCACAUGCUCAGUUUGUAAAGCCAGUUUCAGUCGCAGAAACAAUUUGUCCAGACACUUGAGAAUGCAUACUGGGGAGAAGCCAUUUAGUUGUUCAGCUUGUGGUAAAGGAUUUCUAGAUAGGGGAGCUCUGAGACGACACUUGAGCAUCCACACAGGGAAGAAACCCUUCACUUGUUCUGUCUGUGGUAGACAAUUCACACGAAAGACACAUCUAAGACGACACUCUUCUGUCCACACAGCCUGAAGUCUGGAAAGCCCUGAAGUUCCUGUCCAGUAGGUGGCGGUAUGCGUCCAUAGAAGAAGAAGAAACAGCAGGUGUACUUCCGGUUGCUAACAUGCUAACUUUUCCUUUCGUACCGUGAGA